AUAAAUGGCCAUUCUUGCCCUCAGAAUGUUCCUUGACCAGACCACUAAUGAUGUACCAAGUCAGGGCACAGCAUAAGCAUCUGGUUUCCUUUUGUUUCAGGAAAACAUGUGAGUUGCGUGCCGCAUCAUUAAGAUUAGGAAACAAAGGUCCAUGUAGAAUUUAGUUACAACCACAAACUGGGGUGGCAGAGUCAAUCAAUUCAGUCGUUGCAAGGCGACCUACUUGCUACAAGUAACAAGUACAGAACAAGGAGGAGCACGCUCUAUAAUACUGUAGACGCAACCAGCUAAAGAAAACCAUGCAGCCACUCCAGCUUUCACGCAUGAGAUACAACGGAAAACUACCGAUAAGUUCCCUUGGCAUUGCUCUUGUGAUGCUCAUGUCCUUGGCCGCUAUCACUAGCUCCUGCACAGAGCAAGAGAAGGCCUCCCUCCUCAAGUUCCUCACUGGGCUCUCACAGGAUGGUGGCCUUGCCGCGUCGUGGCGGAAUGGCACAGAUUGCUGCACGUGGGAAGGGAUCACCUGCAGCAUGGAUGGGACGGUUACUGAUGUCUCACUGGCUUCCAAGGGUCUUCAGGGGUAUAUCUCACCUACUCUUGGCAGCCUCGCCGGAUUGUUGCGACUGAAUCUGUCAAACAACAUGCUGUCCAGUGGACUACCACAAGAAUUGGUGUCUUCCGGCAGCAUCAUCGCCAUCGACAUCAGCUUCAACCGCCUAGACGGAGAACUGCAUGAGAUGCCAUCUUCAACCCCAGUGCGUCCCUUGAAGGUACUGAACAUCUCCAGCAAUUUGUUUGCAGGACAGUUUCCAUCCUCCACAUGGGGGGCCAUGAAAGACCUGGUCGCACUCAACGCCAGCAACAACAGCUUUACUGGGCAACUACCAACUCAUUUCUGCACCAGCUUUCCAUCCUUGGUUGUGCUUGAGCUCUCUUACAACCGAUUCAGAGGGAGCAUUCCACCUGAAUUAGGUAGCUGCUCCAUGCUCAGAGUGCUCAAGGUUGGCCACAACAACCUCAGCGGGACUCUCCCAGACGAACUCUUUAAUGCUACCUCUUUGGAGUUCCUCUCUUUUCCCAGGAGUGGUUUACAAGGAAUACUUGAAGACACAUAUAUUGCCAAACUCACUUUUUUGGUUACCCUUGAUCUUGGAGAGAACAACUUCAGUGGCAAGAUUCCAGAAUUUAUAGGCCAUCUCAAGAGAUUGGAGGAACUCUAUUUGAACAGUAAUAUCAUGUAUGGGGAGCUGCCAUCAACUCUAGCAAACUGCACAAAUCUCAUAACCAUCAACCUCAACUGCAACAAUUUCAGCGGACAACUCACCAAGGUCAAUUUUUCUAGCCUACUCAAUCUAAUGUCUUUAGAUCUUAUGCGGAACAACUUCGAUGGCACAAUUCCAGAAAGUAUAUACUCUUGCAGAAAACUAAUUGCACUGCGACUAUCUUCCAAUAAGUUCCACGGCCAGUUAGCAAAAGGGCUCGGCAAUCUGAAGUCCCUGUCGUUCCUGUCACUUUAUAAUAAUAAUCUUACAAACAUAACAGAUGCACUUCAGAUUCUUGGAAGCUCCAAGAACCUCAGCACCCUUCUUAUUGGGCGUAACUUCAGGCAUGAGACCAUGCCAGAGGAUGACACCAUUGGCAGUUUUGAAAAUAUUCGGUUUCUUGGUAUAAGUGAUUGCCCAUUAUUCGGAAAAAUACCUUUCUGGAUAUCAAAGAUAGCAAAUUUAGAGAUACUAAUAUUGUCUAACAAUCAGCUCACAGGAUCGAUACCAGCCUGGAUCAAAGCUCUAAGCUAUGUCUUCUACCUUGACAUAUCAAACAACAGCCUCACAGGGGAAAUUCCAACAACAUUGACCGAUAUGCCAAUGCUAGAGUCAGCCAAGACAGAUGCCAAUUCGAACCAAAGGGUCUUCAUACUGCCUGUUUAUCCAACUCUAUCACAUCAAUAUCGCCAACCUUUUGCUUUCCCUAAAUUGCUGGAUCUAAGCAAUAAUAAGUUCACUGGUGAGAUCCCUUCGACGAUCGGUCAAUUGAAAUCCCUCCGUUCACUCAAUUUGAGCUUCAACAACUUAACAGGUCAGAUCCCAGAAUCAACAUGCAACCUCACAAGCCUGCAGGUCCUAGACUUGUCCAACAACAAUCUCACAGGUGCGAUCCCAGCUGCAUUGGACAGCCUGCACUUCCUUGCAGCGUUUAACGUUUCUGACAAUGAUCUAGAAGGUCCUAUUCCAUCUGGAGGCCAGUUCAACACAUUUGGGACUUCUAGCUUUGACGGGAAUACAAAGCUCUGCGGAUCUAUGCUCAUUCAUAAAUGUGGUUCGGCAGAAGCACCUCCUGUCAAUGUUCUGACAACAAAACAAACUGAUUACAAGGUGGCCUUUGUGAUUGCCUUCAGCACGUUCUUUGGUGUAGGGGUGUUGUAUGAUCAGAUAGUCUUAUCUAGGUAUUUUGGCUAGUACUACUACAGU